AUGGCGUUUUCUAGCGGUCGUUCUUCCUCAACCGAUUCCUCUUCCUCCUCAUUGCUGUACCGUCAUGGGGAGGAAGGGGAGACAGAGGCCCUCGCCCCACAUUUUGAGCUCACAACGAUUAUGCACGAGCUGGAAGAGCCCAUUCUUUCCAUGGACUCCCAGUGUGACGUCAUGGCAUUGCUGGGAGAGAAGGGUCGACUGGUGGUGCGAGACACGGUGCAGGACAUUACACCUCUUACUGCGGCCAUUCGCAAUCCGUACCGGGUGUUUCUUGACCCCACGGGCUCACACACACUCGUCGCUGCUACGGAUGGAGAGAUGUAUUACUUUUCCUCGCGACAGCGCAAAGUGUCGGGCCAUUUUUUAUUGCAGCAUCGCGCUGGAGCACGGGAUGGAGCAAUGACGGUAACCUCGGCGCCACUUCUGACGACGAGCAACAACGUUGCCGAAUGUGUCUGCUGGCUGCCUGUUAAAAAAACGAAGGAACCAAAUCUUACGACAACGAAAGUGCAUUGUCUUGUAGGCACAAAACUUGGAGGUUUUGUUUUUGAGGUGAAAAUAGAUGUAGGUGGAGAUGGUGCUGUUAAGGCUUCAUGUCGGCAAUGUUUGCAACUACCCGCGGGUGAAUUUCAGAGCUCAUUGGCCUCCAUUCAAGUUGAGC